AAACAGAAUGAGACUUUUUCAACGAAUAUUAUUGUCAAAGGGAAUAUGGAUCUUUUGUCUACGUGGACACGACGUUUGUGCUGUGAACAGUCUUCGCAUCGCAUUUAUUUUCGCUAUGGAGUUUUUGAGAAAAUGGAUAGAAUAUGAAAAAAUAGACCCAAGUGCUCAACCUGAAGUACGAACUUUGAGAAGAGGACGUUUAGGCUUCUGGCAUCUUUACUUUCAAUCCGUAUCUAUGAUUUCACCAGCCGGUGCUAUGGCAGCUACUAUGACUAGUUCUGCUGGUUAUGCUUGGGGUGCUUUACCUUUUUCUUAUAUUCUUGCCAUAAUAGCUGGUACCCUUUUAAUGAAUACUACAGUUUGGUAUUCUAUGAAAGUUGCAUCCUCAGGUGGUUAUUAUGCUUAUGUUUUUGCAGCUGUUGGACCAAGAUGGGGAGUGAUUUGUGGUAUGAUGUUUAUAUUAUCUUAUUUUAAUGUCGUUACAAAUGGUAUUCUAUUCGUUGGAGGAGUCUUUUUUCCCGGUUUUAUUCAGACCAUGACCGGAGCUACUUAUGCAGAUAAGGCAUGGAUAGGAAUCAUGUUUGCUUUUAUCAUUCUCAUAUACAUUUUGGCAUUUCUUGGUAUUCGUGCUUCUCUUGAUUAUUCUUUAGUGAUUGGAACUUUUGAGCUUCUAUUCAUGUUUGCUUGUACAUUGGCAGUUGUCAUCAAGGUUGGUUCUCAAAAUACCGGACAAGUAUUUCAUCCUUCAUUAGCGCCUACACGUGCAGAUAUUGCAAUAGCUGCUUUGUUAUCUUUGUUUUCUAUUUCUGGUUAUUCUGCCGUAGCUUUUCUAGGAGAAGAAGCAAAGAAUCCUCGGAAACAAAUACCCAUUGCCGUGAUACUUGCAUAUUCUAGUGUGGCUUUGUUAUUCUUUUUCAUGUCUUAUGGUCUUACAGUUGGUUGGGGCUAUAAGAACAUGUCUGAGUUUUCAGCUUCAUUAGACCCUGGAGUCAUUGUAUACAAACGUUACCUUACUCCAGUCAUUGGUUGGUUCAUGGUUAUCCUUAUUUUAAAUGCAAUGUUUUUAGGUUCAUUAGCUCCUUUGAAUAGUUGUGCGAGACUUAUUUUUGCUUUUGCAAGAGAAGGUCUCAUAUUUCCAAAGAUAUUUGCUACUGUAGACAAGAAACAGAAUCCCAUCGUUUCUACUGCUGUUGUUGCCUUUCUUGCUGCUGUCGUAUCUCUUAUUGCAGGUUUAGCUAUGGGAACUUAUGAUGGAUUUGUGAUGUUGGUGACAACUUCAUCUCUUUCUCUUUAUGUGGGUCAUAUCAUUGCUAACCUUACUUUGGGUAUCUUUUAUUAUCGUCAAAAACAACUCAACUGGUUCUUUCAUGUCAUUGUUCCUAUUAUUGCUUCGAUUUUAGUUGGCUUUAGUAUUUUCUUUACUAUGUAUCCUUAUGAUCCUGUCACAUUGGCGUGUCCAAUAUGGACCGGUGCUUGGCUUAUUUUAUCCAUCAUAGGUGCUUAUCUUACUCCACGAGAUCGUUUAGAUGCUGCACAGCAUAGAUUUGAAAGAGUACAAGACAUUAUGGGAGCUACCUAUGUGAAAAUUCAAGGAUCAACUGCAUGGAAUAAGAAUGGACCCGAAAUGACUGUGGAAGAAGAAACUUUUCAAAGUUCCGAUACAUUUCAACAGAAUCAUCAUCAUAGUAUUGAUAAAUAUGUUGAUGAUGAACUCAUUGCUUCUAGUCACGCAUAAUUAUGUGUUGUUUUGCACAAAUGUUGUGGAUGGCUUCAUUAAAGUAAUAAUAUGUCAAGUUGUGCACAACCAAUCAGAUUUCCCUAGGUUUAUAAAAGUAAACCCACUUUG